ACUGCGGAGUGCUAUGAUCCUCUCACGGGCGAAUGGACCUUGAUCGCUCCCAUGCGCACUCGCCGACGUGGCCUUGAAGUAGUUGCAUAUCAGGGAAACAUCUAUGCGGUGGGCGGUACCAACGGGGCUCAUCCAGUGCGGAGUAUGGAGGUUUAUGACCCUGCAAUUAACCAGUGGCACGCUGCGCCUCCCAUGAAACAACAAAGGAGCUAUUUCGGCAUCACAGUGGUGGACGGCUUGCUGUUUGCAAUGGGAGGCUCCGAUGGCUUCAAAGUCACUGCAAAGGUGGAAUGCUACAAUGCAGAGAAAGGCAGCUGGUUCCGUACGCAGGACAUGAUUACACCCAAGAGGAACUUCAGCUGCUGCACAGUGCCCCCCUGCAUCAUACAGUACGCUGCACCUCGCCCACCUGCCCCCAUCUGCCUGCCUGGUGGGUAA